UUUCUCAGAACCACGCUAAGCACGCGGGGCGCUAGUGCCAGGGUCACACGCAUAGGUUCUUUUGUCACUUAGUUUUAAACCCUCCCUCUGCGGCUCGCGGAGGGCGUGGUGAGAGCGCAAGAGGUACUUCCCCAAGCUCCGGGCACCCCCACAGGGGUACUUGCCGUGGUCACAGCACAGGGGACCACGCUACGGCGAGGACUCCUGCGGGUGGCGCGGCUCUCGGCCAGGGCUUGCCGGGAUCCCUCUCCGCGUCCUGUGCGCGGGAAUGAAUACCUCUGGUUAGUGGCAACGAGGAACCCGGUAAGGAGGCAUCGCGACUCCGUGGUCCAGAGUCGGACUUCCCUUCACCCUAGGAUACUGGCUGGUCCUUAUCCUGAGCCUCGCAGGCUUCCCUAGGAUGAGAAUAAUGGAGAACUCGAGUUGCAUUCUGGAGUUGACUGCUCAUGGCACGCACUCUUAGAGGAUUCUUGUUGGGACUGAAUUUUUUAUUCGUGUGGCUGUUGAUUAAAGCAGAUAUAGAUCCCUGCAAGCGAGGCACAGUGACUGUCAAGCCUUCCCCUGUGAUUCCACUUGGGUCAGCUGUCAAUAUUUCCUGCUCUUUGAAUCCCAAGCACCGCUGUUGGAAUCAUCCUGGUUCUAAAUUAGUCCUCUCAAAGUCUAGCGAAGAAGUCCAUUCCCACAAUGGUCGCUCCUCCACUAUUCAAGUCUCCAACCUUUCCCUUGGUAGUACCAUAUUUGUCUGCCGGGUAUACUGUCCUCAAACUAGUCAGUCCUAUGUGUGUGGAGAAGAGAUCUCAGUUGGUGUUGCUCCAGAGCCACCUCGAAACCUAUCAUGCCUCCAGGAAGGAGAACGUGGGACUGUGGUCUGUACCUGGGACCCUGGACUAGAUACCCAUCUGAAAACCUACUACACUUUACAGUUAACUGGACCAAACAAUGUGACCUGUCAGGACCAAGGCAGUUGUCGGAAUUGUAACCGCUUGAGUCUUGGGAUCAGUCUAACGUCUCAUUUAGCUGAAUCCAAGUUCACAGUCAGUGUCACUGCCAAAAAUCAGCUUGGAAACUCUUCUUCAUUUCCAUUUACGUUCACGUUCUUGGACAUAGUGAGGCCUCUUCCUCCGUGGGACAUCAGAAUCGAUUUUCUAAAUGCUUCUGAAAGCAGAUGUAUCGUGCAAUGGAAAGACGAGGGGCAAGUGGUGCUCAAUCGACUCAGAUACCGGCCUUCUAACAGCAUGUCCUGGAAUAUGGUUAAUGCUAUAAAUGCCAAGGGAAGAUACAGCCUACAGCAUCUGAAGCCGUUUACAGAAUAUCAAUUUCAGAUUUCGUCUAAGCUGUAUCUUUCUAAAGGAAGCUGGAGCAAUUGGAGUAAGAUACUGACAACACGAACACCAGAGGAAGUGCCUGUUGGGACAUUAGACAUCUGGUACAUGAAACAGAACAUCAGCUCUAACAGACAACAGAUCUCUCUUUUCUGGAAGAAUCUGAGUUCCUCAGAGGCAAGGGGGGAAAUACUCCAGUACCAGGUGACCUUACAGGAGGUAACAAGAAAAAUUACACUGCAGAACAUUACAGCACACACCUCCUGGACCGGGGUCAUUCCCAGAACUGGGGCUUGGACUGCUUCUGUGUCUGCAGCCAGUUCAAAAGGCUCUUCUGCGCCCACUCGUAUUAACCUAGUGGAUCUAUGUGGCACUGGGUUGCUGGCUCCUUCCUGGGUAUCUGCUAAGUCAGAGAACAUGGACAACAUUGUGGUGACCUGGCAGCCUCCGGGGAAAGCUGUCUCUGCUGUUCAAGAGUACAUAGUGGAAUGGAGGGCUCUAGAACCAGGAAGGAAUGUGAGCUUUCCCCCACACUGGCUGCGGAUCCCUCCCUACAACACGACUGCUCUGAUUUCAGAGAACAUCAAUCCCUACGUCUGUUAUGAAAUUCAGGUGCAUGCACUGUCAGAGGACCAAGGAGGUUGCAGCUCCACCCUGGGUGACUCCAGGCACAAAGCACCUUUGACUGGCCCUCAUAUCAUUGCCAUCACAGAGAAAAGAAAGAGCCUUUUUAUUGCCUGGUCCCGCAUCCCAGCCCAGGAGCAAAUGGGCUGCAUCCUCUAUUACAGAAUAUACUGGAAGGAACGAGACUCUGCUGCACAGCCUGAGCUCUGUGAAAUUCCAUACAGACACUCCCAAAACUCAUCUCCAGUAAGCAGCCUGCAGCCCGGAGUGACAUAUGUCCUAUGGAUGACAGCUUUGACUGCUGCUGGGGAAAGUCCCCAAGGAAACCAACGGGAAUUUUGUCCACAGGGCAAAGCCAACUGGAAAGCAUUUGUGGCAUCAAGCAUUUGCAUUGCUAUCAUCACGGUGGGCAUUUUCUCAGUUCGUCCCUUCCGGCAAAAGGCAUUUGCUUUCCUCUCUACUCUCAGACCUCAAUGGUAUUGCAGAACCAUUCCAGAUCCAGCAAACAGCACUUGGGUAAAAAAAUACCCCAUUGUGGAGGAGAAGACCCAUCUAUCCAUGGACAAUCUCUUAAUGGCCUGGCCCACUCCUGAAGAGCCUGAGCCCCUGAUCAUCAAUGAGGUCCUUUACCAAAUGACCCCAGUCUUCAAACAACCCUACUGCCCCAAAAGACAAGGGACUCUAAGUCACUCUACCCCCAAGGAAGACACAAUAUAUAUUGCCUCCAGUCCACUACCUACAGGAACUCUCACUGCUGACACAAGACAACUAGUGAAUCUAUACAAGAUGCUAGGAAGGAGAGAACCUGACUCAAAACUGGGCAACCUCACCAAUUCCUUGACAGUUGCCCCAGUGGACUACCUUCCCAGCCAUGAAGGCUAUUUACCCUCCAACAUGGAAGACCUCUCUCUACAUGAGGACCCUCCAACUGAUUCUUUAGAACUGGAGCACCAACACAUCUCUCUUUCCAUUUUUGCAUCAGGUUCUCUUCGCCCACUCACCUUCUGUGGUGAGAGGCUGACUCUGGAUCAGUUAAAGAUGAGGUAUGACUCCCUCAUGAGUAAUGAGGCUUGAUGCCUAGAAAGUCAGUGUAUCCCAUUAAUAUAAUUACUCCAGUGAUCACCAUCGUUGGUAGUAUCGGGACAGUGCAGACAAGCUAGCUGUCUCUAGUUCCACCAUAGGGACUUGCUGCCUUUGAUAUCUUGGGUCUAAACUUUCAAUCCACAAGAACUUGGACUUUGCUGCUUUAUUUCUUUAUAUAUAACUGUAACCUGACUCCGCCCCCUCUUCUGUAUCACCACUGGGUAAGUCAACUGUCAUUCUAAAAAUUCUCCUUACCAAAAAAAAAAAAAAAACAAAAAAAAAAACUAAAGAUCCAAAACUUUUUUUCUUAAAAUGCCAAAUCUAAUUCUACCCCCAUCCUAUUCUCUACAGUGACUACUUUUCUGUAUCUGGUAUUUUCAUUUAAUAAAGUUACCUAUUGCAA